CAAACUGUGACCUUGACACGCAAGAAGAGUUACAAGGGGAAAUGACAUCGCAUGUUAAUGUUUGACAGUUGUAUAUUUAACGUCUAUGCGUGUGCAGCUGUGAAGUGUACUUUUAUGCGAUUAUCCAGUACAUAAGAGUGUGACCAUGCCUGUGACACAGGCCCGUGUGCUGACUCUCAACAGGGGAGAGAACAGGGAGACAACUCUGUACCGACUGGAGAAAGGAUGGACUCUCCGAUUUGCCCUCGGUCCCUCGCUGUUGUCUGCUUCUGUGCGCCUGUACUGCAACCACCCUCCGUCUAGCGACAAGACCUUCAAGCGCACCACCUACUAUGAGCUGCCAUGGAGGAGUCCCAGCGGGAUGAGUAGUGAUCGCCAUGAUGUCUUUGCUGAAGUCAACAUGGGCAUAGCUGGGUCAUUCAACUACUUCUUUACAGUUGAUGGCAGUGAUGUCCCUUCAAGUGCCGAUGGCCAGGGUUACUUUCUGGUUGACCCGACCCUCCAUGUUGGAUCAGACAAUGUGGAGAUAACUCUCGACUGCAUCCAGUGUCAAACCGUCAUCACCAAACUCCUCGGACCUUUCUCCCAGUGGGAGAACAGACUGCGAGUUGCCAAGGAAACGGGGUACAAUCUCAUACACUUCACUCCAAUACAAGAACUUGGCAUUUCUAAUUCUGCUUACUCCAUACGAGAUCAACGAAUUUUGAGCCCAGUGUACAACGAUCAUCAACAAUAUUCAUAUAAAGAUGUCAAAACUCUUGUAGAGACUAUGCAAAAUGACUGGCAAGUUCUGGCGUUGACAGAUUUAGUAUUUAAUCACACAUCCAAGGACAGCCCUUGGGUUCUAGAGCAUCCAGAAUGUGCCUAUAAUUUGGAGAAUGCAGCCCAUCUGAUGCCAGCAUAUGUGAUGGACCGUAUCUUAAGCGAGUUUAGUGAUGAGGUAGCUAAGAAAAAGUGGGUUUCUAAAGGUGUCCCUUCCAGCAUUGACGACGAGAGUCAACUCCAGGCUAUUCGCCAUGUGCUGCUCACUGAGGUGUUUCCUCGCUACAGACUUCAGGAGUUCUACACUGUUUCUGUGGAUGGGACACUGAAGGAAUUCAAGAGAGGUAUUGAAGAGAACCGUCACAUCUCAGAGAGCAAGGAAGCCUUGGACAUAAUUCAGGACCCCCAGUAUCGUCGACUCAAGUCCAAGGUGGACCCUGACACUGUCCUCAAGCUCUACAACGUAGAUAGCGAGGACGGUAACCAUGACAACAGGCCCGGUGUCCUUAACAGACAGGAAAGGAUUACAAAGUGCUGUGACAGUUUGCGUGCCAGGCUGAAUGAGCUAAAUGGUGCAAAGGAAAGGGAUAUCGAGGAAAUCAUCAAGGUCGCUGUUGAGAACUUUGUUGCCAAUGUAAGGUGGCGGUUUCUUGACCCAAAUGGACCCCAGGUCGGAACCGUCACAGGAAAAAAGCCCUUGAUGCACAGCUACUUUGUGUGGCCGGAGUCUCACAGCGGGACGGUCGACUGGGCGGAGCAGAAGGUCACGUCAGGGGAGGGUGCCCGUGUGAUGGCAGUCAAUGGAUGGGUCAUGGGGGAUGAUCCUCUGAAAAACUUUGCUGAAGAAGGGUCUAAUGUUUAUAUACGACGAGAACUGUUAGCAUGGGGAGACAGUGUGAAGCUACGCUAUGGACAGAAACCAGAAGACUGUCCCUAUCUAUGGAAUCACAUGAGAGACUAUGCAGAGACAACUGCUCGGAUCUUCCAUGGUGUGAGACUGGACAACUGUCACAGCACACCCAUACAUGUGGCUGAGUACAUGUUGGAUGCUGCCAGAAAGGUGCAGCCUGACCUGUACGUGAUUGCGGAGUUGUUCACUGGAGGCGAGCAUCUUGACAAUCUCUUCAUCAACAGACUGGGCAUCAACUCUCUCAUCAGAGAGGCGCUGAUGGCCUGGGACGCCCACGAAGAAGGCAGGCUGGUUCACAGAUAUGGAGGUGUCCCAGUUGGGUCAUUUGUCCAGCCCCGCAUCCAGCCCCUAGUCCAAACCAUGGCUCAUGCUAUCUUCUUUGAUCAGACUCACGACAAUCCAAGUCCAAUAGCGAAACGUUCUGCUUACGAUCUCUGGCCAACUGCUGCUCUGGUGUCCAUGGCCUUCUGUGCAACAGGAAGUAACAGAGGAUAUGACCAGUUGGUCCCUCAUCAUAUCCAUGUAGUGAAGGAAGAGAGACUGUACCCAUCAUGGACCGAGGCACAAAACCCAGACGCCAGCCAUAUCAACAAGACAUUCGGCAUCACGUUGGGGAAGAGGAUGUUGAACCAGCUGCACUAUGAGAUGGGCAUGAACGGAUUCACACAGGUAUACGUAGAUCAGCUCGACCCUGCCGUUGUGUCCGUGACCAGGCACAACCCACGAACACACGAGUCUAUAGUCCUGGUAUCCCGCACAGCAUUCCAGAAUCCUGACAACCCUGAUGACACGGGAUACAUCCGACCUAUCACUGUGGAAGGGAUCAUCGAGGAGAUUAUAUUUGAGGGACGCAUGCGCAGUGCAAAAGGUUACACAUACGAGGAAAACAAAGAAUUCAUCAAUGGGCUUCCAGAGUAUUACCUUGAACUCCGAGAGCAUGUGAAGGUUGAGGACAGUGGUAUGGUGAAGGUCAAAGAGUUAGGGGACAAGAUGGAGGUGUCGUUUGCAUCCUUCACCCCUGGCAGUGUGGUUGCUUUCAGAUCAUCACUGCGGCAACCAGCCAAGAAUGCCAUACUGGAGAUUCGUCGAGGCCUUGGUCAGUUCGGCUACCUGAUGCGGUCCUACAGUGGACACACCAUGUUUGAUGAGUCUUGGGACACGUCCAACUUUCGAGCAAUCGUCUCCACUCUGUCUCUAGCUGAUCUCAACCGGGUUCUGUAUCGAGUAGACGCGGAGGAGCGCGAUGAUGGCAACGGGUUUGGAUCCUACCACAUCCCGAAUCAUGGUGACCUGAUCUACUGUGGACUGAGAGGGAUAAUCUCACUGUUGGCUGAGAUCCGACCUCAGAAUGACCUUGGCCACCCUCUGUGUAAAAACUUGCGGACUGGGGAUUGGCUAGCUGAGUACACUGCCAACAGACUCAAGGUGCAUCAUGGGACAGAAAAGCUGGGGGCCUGGUUCGAUGCUGUGUUCAGUUACCUGAAGAAAGUGCCCCGCUACCUGGUGCCAUGUUACUUUGAUGCCAUAGUAACCGGAGCCUAUGUUGUCCUACAAACCAUGGUAGUUCAACAGCUGUCAGACUUUAUUCGUGAUGGCUCAACUUUCGUACAAGCCCUUGCCAUGGGCUCUGUCCAGCUCUGUGGAUUUGUCAAGACCUCCAUGUUACCUCCCUUGUCUCCAGACCUUGCAGUGCCACCUGCACGAAGAGAGGUGGACCUGAAAACAGGGGAGGAGAUUGAGGCAACACUGUCUUUGGCUGCAGGUUUCCCACACUUCUCAAGUGGCUACAUGAGGAACUGGGGCAGAGACACCUUCAUUGCCCUGAGAGGGCUCCUGCUGCUGACUGGGAGAUACCAGGAGGCAAGGUGCUUGAUACUGGCAUAUGGGGGAACACUGCGACACGGUCUCAUCCCCAACUUACUUAACGAGGGUACAGGAGCUCGCUACAAUUGCCGCGAUGCCAUCUGGUGGUGGCUACAGGCAAUACAGGAAUACACAAAACUGGUACCAGGAGGCAGUGCUAUACUCCAAGAUAAGGUGUCCCGACUCUACCCUACUGAUGACAGUGAAGCUCUCCCUCCUGGCGCUCAUGAUCAGCCUCUUUGUGAUGUCAUCCAGGAGGCCCUUCGUCGCCAUGCAGAGGGAAUCAAGUACAGGGAACGCAAUGCUGGACACCAGAUUGACAGUGAGAUGACAGAUCCAGGGUUCACUGUGGAAGUGGGUGUGAGGUGGGAGACUGGGUUUGUGUAUGGAGGCAAUGAACACAACUGUGGGACAUGGAUGGACAAGAUGGGCAGUUCCCUCAAGGCAGACAACAAGGGCAAGCCAGCAACUCCCAGGGACGGAUCUGCCGUGGAGCUGGUGGGACUCAGUCUCUCGACCCUGAGAUGGCUGGCCCAGCUACACACCGAGGGCUUGUACCCCUACAGUGAGGUGACAGCAUCAGACAAAGGGCAUCAAUAUAGUGUGUCAUUUACCAAAUGGGCAGACAAGAUCAAGGACAACUUUGAGAAAUGUUUCUGGAUCAGCAAGUUCCCAGAACCCAAGGAGACCACACCCGAGCUGAUCAACAGGAGGCCUAUGUACAAGGACUCCUACCAUGCCACACAGUUCUGGGCCAACUUCCAACUCAGGCCCAACUUUGCAGUUGCCAUGGUGGUGGCCCCUGAGUUGUUUGAUGUGGACAAUGCCUGGUCGGCCCUGGAGACAGCAGGGGAGGUCCUUCUUGGACCCCUCGGGAUGAAGACACUCGACUCAAGGGACUGGGGCUAUGAAGGAGAUUAUGACAACGCCAACGAUGGAGAUAACACCAAGCUGGCCCGCGGAUGGAACUACCAUCAAGGCCCGGAGUGGGUAUGGCCUAUUGGGUACUUCUUGCGAGCCAAGCUGUACUUCGCAUCAGUACUGGAGAAGACCACACCAGGUGUUCUGAAGGAGACAGUCAACUUCGUGGAGACAGCGCUGAGUCAGCACUACAAGGAGGUCAUGACCUCGGCCUGGCAAUCUCUUCCAGAACUCACCAACUCUAACGGAUCGUACUGUAGAGACAGCUGCAGAGCCCAGGCCUGGAGUACUGGAUGUGUUCUCGAGGUCCUGUAUGAUCUGGAGAUGUUACAGAAAGACAAAGCAGCAUGAUGAUGGCUGGUGUAGAUACUGGACACUUAGCUUACACUAAAGUUGCAGACAUGCUUCAGGUUGUUGGAGAGUCAAAUGUCUUACCUACUGCUACUCACUGCAGCUUCAAGUCAGGUGUUUUAUGUCCUGGAAUAGUGUUGCCUAUGUACCUGAAAAUCUAAGGUACUUACAAUAGUUUGUUUGUGUAAAAGAUUACCGGUCUGACAAAACUAAAUAUGAAAUGUGUAAAAAAUAUAUUCUGAUAUAUGAUUAUUCCAAUGAAUGCUACGUCAUUGCGUUGCUUUUUAUAAAUAAGGGGAUACAGCUUUUUUAAAGUCACACACAAACGUCUUUCCUUCCAUCUAUAGGCCCAAGCCUUCUCUCACUGUUCAUGUAAACAUGACAAAUAGUUGCUCAACUAAAAGAGUUCAAACCUAUUCUGUUUUUACAGUAAGGAAAACAUGCAAGUCGGGUCCCAAUAUUCUGAGAAGAUUAAGUCACACAAAUUUGUUUGAUGACAAUCACUGAUCUCCUCGACAGCAUUAUGUUGCAAUAUGUCUCAGCCCUGCCAAACUCCUCGUCUGUUUGGGAACUGUUUGCUUGUUAUGCUACUACAUAUAUUACACAGCUUGUAGAACUCGACCUGUCGUGUAUCAAGAGUCCUUUACAACUAAGUAUAUCCAAAAAUCGAUAUAUUGCCCAUUUGGAGCAGUGCAGCUGAAAUGAUAUGGUGUUCAGUGUCAAACAAAAAGUGAAUUAAUUCCCUUUAUACAACAUGUUGCAAAUCUUCCUUUUGGGCAUGGUGCUGCAACAUUCUUUGUGUUAUGGCAUCACUGUACUGAAACCUAGAUGUGAGACAUCAUUGCAUGUUGUAAUGCAAUCUUAAUAACAACUGCCAGGUCACAGUUGCGUCCUGACUGAUUUCUGUCAUAUGAUCACUAACUUUCAAUAUAUCCUUGGAAGACGGUGAGAAAGACAGUUUGUUUCCUUAAAACUAGUCACGACUGACAAGAAUCGAUGUAUUGUGACAUUGCUGGCUUUAUUAAAUAGUUUGGUUUACAAUUUUACCUAGCUAUGUAUAAUGAAAGGGCAUUCUAUUACAUAGACAUCAUAUAGUGUUAUUAUGAACCUCUGGGCAUUCAUUAGUUUAAGGUAAGUCUCUUCAGUGAAAGAUAUAACCCUGAUGAUAUGUUCAGUAUGAAGUGAUCAGUUGAGGUGUGUUCACUGCCAACCUGUAACACCUGCACUCCUAUCUUAACUAGGUUUCCAUGUUUAUUCCCAUCUUAACUAUAGGUUUCCUUGUUUAUUCCUAUCUAAGCCGUACAUUUCCAUGUUUAUUCCAAUCUUAACUAGGUUUCCUUGUUUAUUCCUAUCUUAACUAUAGCUUGUUUCCUUGUUUAUUCCUCUUAACUUAAAGUUUCCAUGUUUAUUCCGAUCUUAACUAUAGAUUUCCUUGUUUAUUCCUAUCUUAACUAUAGGUUUCCAUGUUUAUUCCUACAUUAACUAUAGCUUUUUCCUUGUUUAUUUCUAUCAUAUCUGUAGAUUUCCAUGUUUAUUCCUCUUAACAAUAGGUUUCCUUGUUUAUUCCUAUCUUAACUUUAGGUUUCCUUGUUUAUUCCUAUCUUAACUAGGUUUCUGUGUUAUUCCUAUCUUAACUAUAUAUUUCCAUGUUUAUUCCUUUGUGGCUAUAAUUGAUCUCAUUAGUGUAGACUAACUGACACCCCUUUGUAAAAAUCCUUUACAUCCGCAAUUGUGGGAUGGUAGUUGUAGUUAUUGAUUCCUUAUCAGUACUGUGAUAAGAUGACAAAAACAACUUGGGACUGUGAUCUUGCACCUGUUGCAGCCUCCUGUUAAUGUAUUUACUAUGUUACGUAUUCCCAAUGUUUAUUCCUGUGUUAAGUAUACCCCAUGUUUAUUUCUAUGUCAAGUAUUCCUUGUUUAUUCCUGUGUGAUGCAUUCCCCCUGUUUAUUCCUAUGUUAAGUAUUCACCCUGUUUUUAAGUAUUUCCCCCUGUAUUCCCAGCAACUCCAAUUCCAGUGUAAGAAAAUUGGGUAUUACACAGCAUAGAUUAUUUCUUAUAGUUUGUAGAACUUCUCUAUGUCUGCUAUAGCCCAACCGGUGUAUAUGUAAGCUAGCGUUGUUUUCUUGAUGAUGUUUAUAUCAUACAUAGAUUUGUUUGCCUUGUGUUAUUUGUGUUGAAGAGUUCACAAAUAGGAAAUAAGUGUUGAAUAAUGAUCAGACAGAACUCAUCAAUGACAAAACAUGUUCCUAAGGACUAAUUUUCACUCUCUGUAAGGAACAUAUAUUUUUAAAAACUGUUUGGUUAAAUUGUAUUUUAUAUUGACUUUCCAACGUGUUGUAGACUUGUGUGGGAGUUCUCUGAUAUGUUCCUUUCAGGGGCUGUAAACAUGGAAUAGGGCAGUCCUGACACUGAUGUUACCUGUUAUGUAAUGUUGCCUUAGAACCAAACUUUAUAUCACUAGAUCUAUUCUUUUAUGCCGAGUUUUUCCACUGGUUAACAUAUUAACAAUGUACUUGUGAUGUUGAGAGUUUCUUGUUUGCCCAGACUGUUGAAGCAGAUUGCCACUGUGCACGACUGGGGUGUACUGUGGGAACAGCUGGUAUGUCAUGUUCAUUCCUUAAUGAAGGAGUCUAUUUGUCUACUGUACAAGCGUUAAAACGUUUUCACUACAACAGUGGUCAAAUUUGUUUUCGGUAUCAAAUUUGAAAAAGUGGAAGACUUAAGGAUUUCUAAUCUAUAAAAAGGGAUGUGUCUAUGUCAAAUCCAUAAGGUCGAGGUCUAAGUGAGAAUAGACAGAGAAUCCAUGCAUCUCAAUGUCAUUGUGAAACAUGCUGGACCUAAACUGAAUAUUCAACACUUACUUGUAUAUACGGAUGGUGUACAGCUUUCCAGGAGAUAACUAUUGCAACUAUUUGAGUGAGUCCAAUGUAUAUAUACAUGUGUGUAGUAUAAACGAAGAGGGAAGUUCAUGAAUUGUGGAUUUGUUCUAGAUGGUUUUGAAAAUACAAGGUAUUUCGAUAUGCGUCUAGUUCACAUGAAACUAAGAAUUCUAUCCUUAUGUUAGAGUAUGCAAGCAUAUCUACAACGUUCACAUAUCUUUGGAAAUUUCAUAUUGGCAAGAUUUCAACUGAAAUUGUUUUAUACCACUCUGUUUCCAUGACUACAGUUUUAUAUGAGGGUAAAGUUGUUUAGUUGAAUGUUUUGAUUUGCAUGGAAUAACCAAAUACUUGUAUCGAUCAUAUUUGGUAUAACUAUCACAAUGAAUGUAUGCUGACGGAGAGAAAUCAGGCAGUGAAGUAUUGAUAUGCCACCUGUAUAUAUCCUUCGACGGAUGUCCCUUACAACAUAGUUUCACCACAGGUAUUAACUUGUAAUUUUGGUUGACAUGAAGCAUCUAAUAUUAACCACAGCAUUCAACUUUCUUUGUCUCUAUGGGUAUUUGCUACCUUACUUUAUCACAUCAAUCAGUGAGGUCACGUCAAGCAAACCCUCAACAUGAGGUCAUGUCAGGUGAACCCUACGCAGGAGGUCAUGCCAGGUGAACUCUACACAGGAGGUCAGGUCAGGUUAACCCUACACAGGAGGUCAUGUCAGGUUAACCCUACACAGGUCAUGCCAGGUGAACUCUACAUGGGAGGUCAUGUCAGGUUAACCCUACACAGGUCAUGUCAGGUUAACCCUACACAGGAGGUCAUGUCAGGUUAACCCUACACAGGAGGUCAUGUCAGGUUAACCCUACACAACUCAUGUCAGGUUAACCCUACACAGGAGGUCAUGACAGGUUAACCCUACACAGGUCAUGUCAGGUUAACCCUACACAGGAGGUCAUGACAGGUUAACCCUACAAAGGUCAUGUCAGGUGAACCCUACACAGGAGGUCACUUCAGGCGAACCCUACACAGGUCAUGUUCCUUCAGGCGAACCCUACACAGGAGGUCAUGACAGGUUACCCUACACAGGUCACUUCGGGCGAACCCUACACAGGUCACGUCCCUUCAGGCGAAUCCUACACAGGUCACGUCCCUUCAGGCGAAUCCUACACAGGUCACGUCCCUUCAGGCGAAUCCUACACAGGAGGUCAUGUCAGGUUAACCCUGCAUAAGUAUACUCUCACUGCCCAAUUGAAAUAAGAUGUAAACAAUUGUCAGCUUUGAUGAUUUGGCCUCUUACAGUCAUGAUUUGUAAUGCUUGUAUCCAUAGUAAGGGCCGUACUGUUACAUGCACUAGACCUUGUUAAGCAUUACUAAAUGCUUGGUUUUACUGGAUUUAUAGAUGCUUGUUCCAUAUGCAGGAGUGAUAUUAAAUAUGUUUUUGUUAUAAUG